AUGUGGGUGACAGCUGGCGCUUCACCGCUACUACAAGUUCUGUUGCUCAUACUCGCAACACUAUCCGGACUCGUCAAAGGCCAAUUGGAAGGGCGAGCGUUGCGUUUGACCAACAAGGAUUGGAACGCGACCAGAGGCCGACCCUUUACGAUCUUUUGGGCCGACAGCAGUGGAGAAACCGUGUCGAUCUUCUUGUUCACCAAGUCGGCCGACAAGCAAACCCUCGCGCUCGUCAACAAGCUGGCCGACACAAAGGAAGGACAAUACACUGCCACGCUCCAGUCGACCCUUGCCCCCGGAGAAUAUGCCUUUGGGGUGAACGAUGGCGCUCUAUACUACUCGCCCUUCUUCCAACUUGGCAGCCAGGAUCAGUCCCUGGCAGCACUAGCCACCAACGCAAAUCAGACAACUUCAAGCAAUAGCAGCACAACAGCACCCUCCAGCCCACCCAACUCGACAGGUGCACUCCAAUCAACAACACCAACCCAAAACCCAUCUUCAACCGCGAACCCCGAAUCCACCGGGCCCCAGACAGCCCCAAGUGGCCCCACAGACGGUGAAAAGAUCGGACUGGGCGUGGGCGCGACCCUGUUCGUCGUCCUCCUCGCCAGCGUGCUGGGCUGCCUUGUCCGCCGCGUCCGCAAGCAGACGCAGCUGGGCGACGACGACGACGACGACGACGACCGCACCAUGGCCGUGCGGGACCCACGCGGGGGCCUGAGGACCGCGCCCUGCGUCCCCACAAACGCGCGCGGCGAGCCCAGGCCGCCGCGGCGACCCGGCUCCGUCGCCCGCAGCGCCCACUGGGCGCGGUGCGUCCCCUCAAAGGGCGCGCUGACGCUGGCGUCCGUCAACACCUUUGAGCUGGCCGCCGACCCGCCCGGCUCGCCGAGGCACGACGCGCUGCAUGCCUCGCAGUCCGGGUUGACGUCGCUGCUGGAGGUCUCGCCGGCCACCCCGUCGGUACGGACCGAGUCGCUGGCCGAGCUGAGCGCAGAGCCUCGCUGUGAGGCCCGAGAAUAA